GGCGGGACUUCCGCGUCACGUGACUCUCCUCAGCGCCUGCGCAGACGGCGAGAGCAGCGCCGCGAGGGGCAGAGCGUGGUGCUGGCGCGGGGCUGAGGACAUGGCCAAGAGCCUGAGGAGCAAAUGGAAGAGGAAGAUGCGGGCGGAGAAGAGGAAGAAGAACGCUCCCAAGGAGCUGGAGAGACUGAAAAGCAUCCUGCGGACUGGCGCGGACGUCGUCAUGGAGGAGGUCAAGGAGGUAGCGACCGUGCUGCCCGCCGAGGAGGUCCUGGAGAAGCAGGAUGACUGCAAAAUGGACAUAGAUAAUAAAAGAAAUAAAAAAACUCUCCUAGACCAACAUGGACAGUACCCAAUAUGGAUGAAUUCCAGGCAGAGAAAGAAGCUUAAGGCACAGCGCUUAAAAGGAAAGAAAAAAUCAAAGUUAGCCAAAGGCCUAGCCUGGUAGAUUCAAAUUUUGUGAGGUUGUGAAUAUUAUACUUUUCAAAAUAAAUACUCUGUACCAGCUACGUA